UGGAAAAUGAGAUGGUAUUUUUUGCUGGGUAAAGUUGUGGGAUCCUAAGCAAAUGACGUGGCAUCAAUGCACAGAAAGUCUACUUCUCUUUCACACUACAUAGCCGCUGGCUCCUAAACGGCGUCGUAGCUACCGUCGCCGCCACCUCCUAUUUCCUGCCGAUUUCCGCUUCAACCCAAUUCUCAGCCAAAACUCGAACACUUUCUCUCUCUAGGGUUUCUCCAAUCAUGGAUCAAUCUUUCCUCCUGAUGUUAUCAAACCUCCUCCACCUCCACAAUUACCUAGACCCCACCACCUCCCCCCUCCUCUCCUCCACCGCCCUCUCAUCCUCCGCCGCCGAUGCCACCUCCACAUCCGCCGCGCCGCUCCUCUUCUUCACCCUCGCCUCCGUCCUCUCCUACCUCGCCUCCCACCCCCCGUCCAAAAAGAAGCCCAAGACCUCCUCCGCCUCUCCCUCCUCCGCCGCCGCGAAACCCCCCUCCGAAUUCUCCGUCGCCGCCUUCCGUGCCCUCUCCACCGAACACAUCUGGGCAAUGGAGGCCCCCCUCCGCGAUGCCCAAUGGCGAUCCCUUUACGGCUUGUCCUACCCCGUCUUCACCACCGUCGUCGAGAAACUUAAACCCUACAUCACCCAAUCCCAGCUCUCCCUGCCCUCUGAUUACGCCGUCGCCAUGGUCCUCUCCCGCCUCGCCCACGGCCUCAGCCUCAAAACCCUAGCCUCCCGAUACGCCCUCGAACCCUACCUAAUUUCCAAAAUCACAAACAUGGUCACCCGCCUUCUCGCCACCAAGCUCUAUCCGGAAUUCAUCAAAAUCCCCGUGGCUCGCCGCCGCCUGGUCGAGACGACCCAGGGGUUUCAGGAGCUGACGCCGCUGCCAAAUGUCUGCGGGGCCAUUGAUACAACCCCCGUCAAGCUCCACAAACUCAGCCCCGAUGUGAUCAACGGUUCCAUGUAUUAUUGCAAAUACGGAUUCCCUUCAGUUCUGCUGCAGGUUGUCGCCGAUCACAAGAAGAUAUUCUGGGAUGUCUGCGUGAAAGCCCCCGGAGGCUACGACGAUGCCGAUCAUUUUAGGGAUAGUUUGCUGUAUAACAAGCUGAUUUCAGGCGACAUUGUUUGGGAUAAGGCGGUUAGUGUCAAGGGGCAGCCCGUGAGGCCGUAUAUAGUCGGGGACUGGAGCUUCCCGCUGCUCUCUUUCCUGCUGACGCCCUUCAGCUACAACAGGACGGGCAGCCCAGCCCAGAACGCGUUUGACGAGGCCUUGCUGAAAGGGCGGAAGGCUGUGGAGGGGGCGAUUGGGUUGCUGAAGGGGAGGUGGAAGAUUAUGCAGGACUUGAAUGUGGGAUUGAAUCACGCGCCUCAAACAAUUGUUGCUUGCUGUGUGUUGCAUAAUCUGUGUCAGGUUGCGAGGGAGCCUGAGCCGGAGCUGUGGAAGGAGCCGGAGGAGAGUGGGCAGCCACCGAGGUUGCUGGAGAACGAGAAGCCAUGCUAUUACUAUGGGGAGAACUUGAGGCAGCUUUUGGCCGAUGAUCUGUAUCAACGACUCUCAUCAAGAUGAGGGAAAAUUGUUAGGCGGUAAAUGUAAGAUUACCUGUCGUUCGAUGUAUUACUAACACAGCUUAGCUUGACAUUGUGCCUUUUUUUUCUUUUUUCUUUUUCCUGUUAUAUCCUAUAGUUCAUAAGAUGAAAUAGUCUGAUUUUAGUCCCAAAUUUACAUUGGAGGAUAUGAAUGCAUUAGGGAAUGUCUCUCUUGUAAGUUGUUGCUUAUAAUGUGUUAUUGCUUAACUGUGGUGCAGAAUGAAUUAGUACUUUUUUGGAUAGCCUUUUCAA